CAUUAGAAGCCGAGCCCGACAUGCUCUGGCUGGUAAUAUAUGCAGCCGAAGAAAGAAGAAGAAAGACGGCGACGGCGACGAACGAAGACAGAGGAUCAGUUCCAGAGAGAAAACCGGGCGGAGAAGCUCCCGAUCUCUAUUCCCAGAUCCGGCUCCGCUGAUCGGACCAUCCGAUCAUGACGGAGAAGAAGGCCUUCCACCUCCUCCAAGUUCUCGAGCCCAGGAGGGAUGCUUAUGGAUUUGCUCUGAGACCUCAACACGUGCAAAGAUACAGAGAGUACUCCAAUAUCUACAAGGAAGAGGAAGAGGAAAGAUCGGAUAAGUGGAGGGUCUUUCUUGAACAACAGUCAGAGUCAGGUAACCUGCCCUCUCUUGAGGAGGAAAAGAAAGAGAAGCAACCAACUGAAGUGAGUGAGCAGAAAUCAAAUACCAGUCCGAAGAGUGUUGGGGAAGGAGAUGAUACAAGUGUAGAGCCUACCACUGAUAGUUCAGCUGAAGGUAAUUUUGAAAAGGAAGUCGAGUCCACCAAGGAAUUAAAAGCCCGUAAAGUGCAAAAAUGGGCCAACAUUAGGCCAGUACUUGGUGCUAUUGAGAAUAUGAUGAGCUUCCGUGUUAAAAAAAUUAAGAAAAUGGAAGAUGAGCGGCAAACCUUAAGGGAUGGUCAACUUCCACCAGUUGAAGAGACAGGACCUUCAGGUGGAACGUCUGAAGAUGAUAACGAGGAAGAGAUUAUUGUCGAUAAGGUUUCAAAUGGGAGUGGCAAGUCCUCCACCGAAGAAGUAAUUUCAACCAAAGAGGCUCCUCCCAAAUCCUUUUUCUCAUGGAAGGAAGAACUGGAGUGCCUUGUUCGGGGAGGAUUGCCAAAGGAUCUCAGAGGAGAGUUAUGGCAAGCAUUUGUAGGUGUAAGAACACGCAGGAUGGAGAGAUAUUACCAGGAUCUGCUGGCCCUUGAAGGUGAUUCUGGCGGAGGGGAACUGGUCGAUGAACCAUCUGGUGCAUCAAAGAAAUGGAGAAAGCAGAUUGAGAAGGACAUACCACGUACAUUUCCUGGCCAUCCUGCCUUGGAUGAGCAUGGUAGAAAUUCCUUGCGGCGACUAUUAUUAGCAUAUGCACGUCACAACCCAUCUGUUGGUUAUUGUCAGGCAAUGAAUUUCUUUGCUGGUUUGUUGUUACUUCUGAUGCCUGAGGAAAAUGCCUUUUGGACUCUUGUGGGCAUCAUUGAAGAGUAUUUUGAAGGCUAUUUUACUGAAGAAAUGAUAGAAUCUCAGGUGGAUCAACUUGUUUUUGAGGAGUUGAUGCGCGAAAGGUUUCCUAAACUGGUUAAUCAUCUGGAUUACUUGGGAGUGCAGGUGGCAUGGAUAUCUGGUCCCUGGUUCCUUUCCAUCUUUAUCAAUAUGAUUCCAUGGGAAAGUGUUCUCCGAGUAUGGGAUGUGAUUCUCUUUGAAGGAAAUCGUGUCAUGCUAUUUCGGACAGCACUUGCUUUGAUGGAGUUAUAUGGUCCUGCAAUAGUUACAACGAAAGAUGCUGGUGAUGCAAUUACUCUGCUGCAAUCUCUUGCUGGCUCAACAUUUGAUAGCAGCCAGCUUGUUCUAACUGCUUGCAUGGGUUUCCUAGCUGUAACUGAAGCUAGAUUGCAAGAGUUGCAAGAAAAACAUCGGCCAGCUGUCCUGGAGGUGAUUGAGGAGAGAACUAGAAAGGGUCGAGUAUUUAAGGACUCUAAAGGACUUGCAUCAAAAUUAUAUAGUUUUAAGCACGAUCCGGAGCCUUUGAUUGAAGAAAAACUUCACAAAGCAGAAUCAGAAGACACACCUGUUGAUGCCGAUAGAUCUCACUCCUCUAACCUGGAAGAGUUUCUAGCUGGUGAUGAUUCAGAAGUUGAUUCUGUGCCAGAUCUUCAAGAGCAGGUGGUUUGGCUGAAGGUUGAGUUGUGCACAUUGCUGGAGGAGAAGAGAUCUGCUGUUCUUAGAGCCGAGGAGUUGGAGACGGCGCUCAUGGAACUGGUAAAGCAAGACAAUCGACUUCAGUUGAGUGCCAGGGUUGAGCAGUUGGAAAGGGAGGUAGCUGAAUUACGGCAAGCUCUUGCCGACAAGAGAGAACAAGAAGCUCAAAUGAUUCAGGUCCUAAUGCGGGUAGAGCAAGAACAGAAGCUGACUGAAGAUGCUCGUAUCAGUGCAGAGCAUGACUUGGCUGCUCAAAAAUAUGCAGUUCAUGUGCUCCAGGAAAAAUACGAGAAGGCUAUGGCUUCCCUUGGUCAGAUGGAAAAGAGGGUGGUUAUGGCGGAGUCAAUGCUGGAGGCAACGUUGCAGUAUGAAUCUGGACAAAACAAAGCACUGUCUUCUCCACGGGCUGCUGUUGCUCGUAAUCAAGGCUCUUCACAGGAAACUCCUCCGAAGAGGCUCAGUAUACUGUCCAGACCAUUCGGGCUUGGGUGGCGAGACCGAAAUAAGGGAAAACCAGACGAGCCAGGAAGUGGCCACUCAAGUCCUUUGCCUAAAGAAACCAGCGGGCAAGAGCCCGAGCAUUAACUUAUGGCUUAGCUAGUGCAUCUCAUGCCCAUGAAUUUUGUCUCUGCUGCUAGAUUUUCCCAAAUGAUAGCAAGCUCCUUUGGCUUCUUUAUUCUUUUAGUAACUUAUGUAUAACACUCAAUCAGCUAGAUAGGAAAUAGCCUAUUGUUUUUCUCCCCUGUAAUCUAAAUUCCAUUUAGUGUAAUUUAAUUCUUUGGGGAUUCAACUUCCCCUGUAAUACAUUUUUCGUCAUCCAUUAGGGAUGACUACAAUCUCUGGAAAUUGGGAUUUGAUACAGAAGUAGGUCUCUUCUUCUUUGUUUUCGAGAA